AUAACCCUAAACAAAUUGUAUUUUUAUUAAAGACAUUAAAGGUUUAUAGGGAGCAUCUUGCAUAGUCUCUACUGAGAUAUCUGAUAAGAUUGACCAAUGUUAUUGCUUUUGUAAGUGUGUUGCAGUGCUCAUGAGCACAGCAGCAGUAUUUACAGCACAAAACUCCACCUCUAUCGCAGUCUGUCACAUGAAGCAGGAACAGGAAGCUUCCCCUGCCCUUGCAGUACUAAGUUGCGUUUCCAGUGAAGACACAACCCAUAUCUGAGAAAAGAAAGCAUUCAAAAUUCAGAAGAGGAUACAGACAUUAGUGAACUCUGCACUGUAUAACACAAUGGCUUCUGGGUUGGAGGAGGAGCUUCAUUGUCAGAUUUGCCUGGACAUCUUUAAGAAGCCAGUGAUCCUGCCAUGUAGCCACAGCUUCUGCAAAGCCUGCCUAGAGACCUGGUGGACAGAUAAUGCCACAAAGGAAUGCCCAGUUUGUAAAGAAAAACAUUUACGAGCAGACAUAAACACUCUGCCAUCUAAUUUGGUAUUGAGAAACCUUUGUGAAGCUUUCAUACUGCAGAGAGAUAAAGAUGCAACCACUCCUCUAUGUACCUUGCACUCGGAAAAACUCAAACUUUUCUGCUUAGACCAUCGAGAGCCUGUUUGUGUUAUUUGCCAGGCUUCAAAAGCACACAACAACCACACAUGUAAGCCGAUAGAUGAGACUGCCCAUGACUACAGAGAGGAACUGCAAGAAACAAUUGGACAUUUAAAGAAGAAACUAAAGCAAUGUGAACUUUUAUUCGCAAAGUGGAACAAUUUAGGCAACCAUAUUGAAGUCCAAGCAAUCAGAACUGAAAAGCAAGUGAAAAAGGAGUUUGCAAAACUUCACAACUUUUUACAUAGAGAGGAAAAGGACAAGUUAGCAGUUUUGAGGGAGGAGAAGGCACUAAAGAAGAGUAAGAUUGCUGAAAGGGUUCUUGUUAUAAGUAAAGAAAUGCAAGCUCUAAAUGAAACAAUCAAAGCAACAGCUAAGGAGAUGGAGGCUGAGGAUGUGAAGUUUUUGACAAAGUACAAGGACACUGUGGAAAGGGUGGAACGCUGUCCUCUGGUGGAUGAGCAGAAGAUGAGCACGGGAGCUCUCAUAGAUGAAGCCAAGCAUCGGAGCAAUUUGCGUCUAAACGUGUGGAUGAAAAUGAAGGACACGAUCACUUACAGUCCAAUCAUUUUAGAUCCAAAUACAGCAGGGGCUCGACUGAUUGUGUCAGAUGAUUUAAGUACAGUCAGCGUUGGAAAGUCAAAGUUACAGCUUCCUGAAAAUCCAGAGAGGCUGAGCAACUAUUGUGUCUUAGGUUCAGAGUGGUUUACAUUUGGGACUCAUAGCUGGAAGGUAGAAGUUAAAAACAAUCAAAACUGGACUUUGGGUGUUGCGACACUCUCUGAGCAACAGGGAGGUGCUAGUCUAACUCAAAUAUGGAGAUUGGCCUACUCUGACGGGACAUAUACUGCAGAAACCAAAUCUGGGGACUGUACUUUUCUUUCCCUCAAAAAACGGCCUCAAGAGAUCAGAGUUAAUCUAAAUAUUGAGGGUGGAAAGCUGUCAUUUUUUGAUGCAGAGAUACAAACACAUUUAUGUACAUUCACAGAUAUGUUCACUGGGAAUAAACUGUAUCCGUACAUGUUUACUGAAGAGGAGACACCACUCAAGAUACUACCACAUAAUGUGAACAUCAAAAUAGAAUAUCAGUAAUGUUUUCCUAAUAGGCUAAAUCUUAUGGACUACAUAAAUCAUAGUCAUGUGUCUGCUUAUUUCUAUUUAAUUAUACUGCACUUCUACUACAUCUUGGAUUUUACCUGUGGAUUCUCCUGUCUGAAAAUAGGAGAAAGAUGGUUAAUAAAGAUCUUGUUGAACUCUAAUGAAAAUACAAAUGCAAUCAACAUGUCAUUCCUUCAUUAAAAUUUACACAUUCUCAUUCUCUACUCUUUUCUAAAUGUCCCUUGCGGCCCAUGAGUAUUUUUGGGGACUGAAAUGUGGUCAACUAUCAAAGCAGGUUGGGAAUGACUGUAGAUUUCUCCAUAUUGUAAUUAAUCUGUUAUAAGUUAUACAUUGUUUUGGAACUGAGCAAUUCCUGAGUAGAUAAAAAUAUUUCUAAGUUUUGUGAUUUUUAAUGAACAAAAUAAAUAAUGCUAUAAAUGAA